AAAAAAAAGCCAUCAACCUAUAUAAAAUAAAGUUAGGGUAAGUUAUGUUUUUCAUCACAAAAGUGCUUUUUACUUUAUAAAAAAUCAAGUCACACCAUGUUCCUUUAUAAGCAUUAAUCAGCCGCUUAUUUUAAGAAUUACACUUAGAAAUACGUGCUUGCCCACACCUUUUUAGGAGCACAGCUAUUGGAAUAUGUUUAGAGCUUGGAUAUUCUUACUGAAGGUUAUUCAGUUUAAAGUACAACAGCACACAGUCUCUGGGAAAUUUAUGUCCCCAACUAGAACUGGCUUUGGCACCCUUUCCUUAAAAUUAGAAAGAAAAUCCAGUCUGGGACAUCUGGGUCCCUGAGAGGCACCUCCUAACUGGUUCACAGGGAGACCAUUCAGUUUCUGGGUUCAAAUCUUCCCUCAGCCACUUCUUGGCUGCAAGAUCUUGGGCAAAUGAUUUGGCUUUUGUGUGACUCAGUUUCUUCCUCAGUAGCUUGGGGACAAUUGUCUCUUCUUCAGAGGUUUACUGGAGGAUUAAACCAAUUAAUGUAAAGCUCUAGCACAGUUUCUGACGUCAAUAGAUGUGAACAAUGAUUAUUACUGACGUUGGAAAACACUCACUAUUUCUAAAGAAUGGGCACGAAUAAUGGUCUUUGAAGUAUCCUCUGACUUGGCAGCUGAGCAAACCAUUAUCCGUAAGCAGUCAAAAUUAUUUCAAUAAAAUAUCUUCUCUUCCAUGCCCUGGCAUCAAUUGUUCAAAGAUAAAACAAAAAGACAAAGGGGAAAGAAAAUCCUGGCAAAGGGACAAGUUCUGAGAAUUGUUUGAAAGCAGUCAUUGUGUUCAGGUGGCCUGGCGGCUACUGUAAACCAGAGGGAAGUAGGGAGGAAAUCAGAACCCACUGUGGUCCAUAAAAUGGAUGUCUUUUCAACUAAACAGAUCGUUAUCAGCCUCACAGAGCCGACUCCUGUUCCUUUUCGCCCUGUCAUUUCCUUUCCUGAGUGUCUGUAAGAACCACCCACUCGGGUGUUUCUCAGGAUUAUAGGCUUUUAGAUCAAACAGAAACCCCGGGAGCGCCUGAAACAGCCCUGCACGCACAGUCACAUCGUGCCCCAGCCGGGGACCUCGCCCCCGCGCCCGCCGCGCGUCGUGGAGGCUGAUGUGCGCACUGAGGGAGGCUCUCUCACCGUGUGGCCGGCGACCGCCAGCAGCAGCCGUGGAGGCCUUGGCUCUGAAGUCGCUGAAGGCUGCGCUCGGGAACUGCCCGCCCCUCCCGUCAUUUCAGAAGCUUGACCAGCGAGCCCUCCCGGCUUGCACCCUCUGCGGUCCUCAGCAUCCGCAAGAUGGGCGGGACCCAGGAGACGCUGGCCAUGACUGUCCACCUCCUGGCCAACUCUGGGCAUGGCUCACUUCUGCAGCAAACUCUGGACCAGCUCCUGGACUGCAUCUGCCCGGAGGUCCGUCUCUUUCUGGUGUCCGAGCGGGUCAGCCCGGUGAAAUACUGCACCAAGUGCCACUCCAAGCGGUCACGCUUCCCCGGGAUGUCUGUCCUGCUCUUCCUGCACGAAAGCCUCGGAGAGGAGCGGCUCCUUCGCGUGCUUGACUCCCUGCAGCGCUGGCCGUGGCAGUGCUACUCCGCCCAGAGCGCGCAGGGAAGGCCGUGCCCCUACCUUCUUGCCGACCAGCAGUUCUACAGCCUGGACAGCCAGAUGCCCGUGUGGGGUGUGAGGCAGGUGCACGGGGGCACCGAGGUCCUGAGAGUGACGCUCUACUGCAGCUUUGACAACUACGAGGACGCCGUCAGGCUCUAUGAGAUGAUCCUGCAGAGGGAAGCCACCUCGCAGAAGAGCAACGUCUGUUUCUUUGUGCUCUACGCCACCGAGAGCUUUGCUCUGCAGCUCGCCCUGAAGCAGCUGCCCCUGGGGACGUCGGUGGACCCGAAAGAGGCUUCGGUGUUGCAGUUCAAGGUUCAAGAGAUCGGCCAGUUAGUGCCCCUCCUACCCCAUCCGUGCGUCCCCAUCAGCCGCACCCGGUGGCAAACGCAGGACUACGAUGGCAACACGAUUCUGCUUCAGGUCCCAUUGAAUCCAGGACUUGGUGUAAAGAAUGGCGAGCGUUCCUUUCUGAGUGGCACCUCGGAAGCAGACACGCUCGCCCAGGGCUCCAGGCUGACCCCUGUCAAUGCAGUUGGGACCCUUGAGCUGAGAAGCCGAAGGAGCCGGGGUAGGAGGUUGAAGGUGGGCUCUGUGGAUCUCCCUGAGCCUGGUGGGAGGCCAGCAUCUGACAGCUCCAGAGGCACGUCGUGGAAAAACCCUGGCUGUUCAUCCCCACCCAGCAGCCCAGCCACGGACUCCCAGCUGCACCUGCCUCCUCCCCACCUUGACUCCGCGGCCAGAAUGAAGGUCGUCAGCUGGGAGAACAGCUUUGAGAACCUGGAGGCAGAGACAAAUGUUGAUACAGGAUUCACCGUGGUCAGUUCUGAACCCAGGCGAUCUUUUCUGGGUAGAUUUCCCAGGCAUCUGCAGACCCGCCCACCACCGACCUGCCCGUCAGCCCCUUCCUCAGGGGCAGCUGCUUCCAAAACCAGCAGAAUCUUUAAGGAAAGGAUCCAUCCUUUGUCACUUGCUGGCCAGAGGGAUCUUGGUGCAGGGAAGAUAAUCUCAAAAUGUGCCCUUCCUCUGCCAGUCCAGGGUGAAGACAAAGCUGCAGAAGAAGAAUUCUUUAUAUAGCGUAAAACAGCAGUGGUUUUCAAAACACAGGCUCAAAUAUAAUGUUCUGGAGAACUGACCCAGAAUGGAGCUAGAAAUGGAGCUCUGACUCAGAAUCAGCCUGUUUCUUGUUCAUCAAAGAGGGCCCGAAUGCUAGCCACACACAGAUCUAGAUCAUUUUUAUUUCCAGUGUUCAAAGUCUAGCGAGCUGGUGAUGAGUUGUUUAUUUGUCAUCAUGGUCGUGAGGGAACACAGCCAACGCACAGGGGGAAAGCCCAGCGCCUCACGUCCUUGGAGGCACACUAACCCAGCUGGGUGUGUUGAGUUCAGCACCUCUCAGGAUAAUUGCAUUGUAUGCAAUUGAGUGGGGUGCAUUAUGCAAUGCUGAUUGGUGUCUGUAAUUUGGUUUUAAUUUUUUCUUGGGUUGCGUAGCUCAUCCCUCCAGACAGCAUGGGCUGUUUAGUGUUUUUUAAUUUUUAUGUGACCUCAUUUGGUAACUAGGUCUUGUUCACCACCUACCCUCUAGUGACUUUCGCCUUAAAAGUUGUUUGCAUCUGGAAUGAGUUAACAUGCAAAGUGUUUUGAAAAUUACAACCCCCCUUUUUUCCUGUUUAAUGAGCAGCAACUCUGGAGCCGAAAAAUCAGGUUAAAAAUGAAAGCUGGGCUCUAGGGUUUUCUUGCUCCUCAUUUUUCAUUUGUUUCUGCUCUACUCCGGUGGGGCCAGUGGUUCAUGUAAUUAAGCAGAGAGGAGUGGACGAUUCAAGAUCUCCACUGAGUGUGGCAGGAAGAGUGCACUGGUUGGGUCCCUGGAGCAGGACUUGGGUUUUUCUGGCCAUGUUCGAAUUCUUAAAUUGCUUUGCAAUGCUCAUUCAUUCACUCAUUUAUACAUUCAUUCAUGCAACACAUUGUACUGAACAUCUGUGUUUGAAUAAGACAUUGACAUAUGGUAUAUACAUUCUGUGGUCAUCAAACUCCAAAUUUGUUUAUGGUUUUACUGUAUGACAAAUCCAUUCUAUCAACUCUCAAGAACAUGUUGAAGUUCAAACUUACACCUCUGGGAAACUUUUCCACCAGUGAUUCCCACACUUGACGUACAAGGCUGCAGUAAGAAUUCACAACCUGUGGAUGGAGACUGGGCAUAUUAUGAAUUACAAUUAUAAUCAUAAUGGACAAAUUCUCAGUUGCUCAUAUGACAUAUUGUCUGAUUGGAUCUAUACAUACAUUUAAAAAAAAAUCUGUGGUCUGUGUGUUUCAGCUAAUUUGUAAGAUUAUUUGACUUCACAAACUUCACUUUCCAGAACAGCUGUUACAUGAUUAUAAAUGCUGGGUUAGCUGAAAAUUUUUGAGACCCCCAAUACUUAAUUCAUCCAGUUGGAGAGAAGAAUGAGUUCAGGCUUAAGGAUGAAUCUUAAAUGGCAGGUAGACUGGGCUGAGUUUGGGUGCUCUGUCCCCCUAAAAGAAUAAAAAUGGAGAAGAGCUACAAAUGGACAAAGGCGUGAGUUCUCAGUGGAUUGCUUGUGUCCUUACAUCAUCAAUAUAUUCUUACCCUCAUUUGCUUUCUUUCCCUCAGAUUAAAGUUAGAUCUUAGAAACCAGGCUGAAGAACUUACUUUUGGUAUGGUUCCUGUAAUAAGAGUUUUUUAAAAAUGAAAAUCUUAUGUAAGUUGAACUAUUGAGCUGCCUUGAAAAGCACAGCAAGAAGUCCUGAAAUUUCUUUCCCAAUUUUUUGAGGUUAUCUAAAUUUCUGUAACGUAAUACAUGGGUAAGAAUAUAAGUACGUGGAAAUCGCAAAGACUAUUGAGGAAUUUGAAUGAGUAACUUACAAAAAUGACUUAUAUUCUUAAAAUGUCACCUCCUCUAUCCUACUCACUAGAGGAAUCCAAUUUACAAAGUGGUGGGAUGGAUGGAAAUAUCAGUGGGCUAGGUGGCAGAAGCCCUGAUUUUGGUCUCAGUUUUAAAAUUUACUAUUUAUAUGUGACUUUGAACUCUUUGAUCUGUUACUUUAUCUUCUGUACCAUGGUUGUCUGGAAAAUCAAGAUUAUGUAUAUGAAGGGGUUUGGAUGUUGUUAAGCACCGUAAAUAUGUUAGCUAUUCUAAUUACAAAUGGCCCUUCAUACCCACAUUUUUAAAACGUCUUGACAACAAAGGCCUUUUUUUGAAACAACCUUUAAUAAAAACAAUGAUACCAUUAAAAAAAAAAAAAAAGAAACCCAAUCCUAAGAUUUUUACUGUGUGUCAUUUAUGUUUAUAUAUUUAGGAGGAAAAUUAUGGAUAGAAAGGAUCAGAUACAUCCUAAAGUUCAAAAGAGAUUAUAUAUAAUGAAUAAACUAUGAACUAGUUUAAUCCAAUUUAUCAAAUUAUCCAGACUCUUAAUUAUACUGAAAUGUAAAAUGUAUCACAAAGGACUCCCAAUGAUCAGAUAAUUUUAUAUGUUUAUAGAUAUAUUAAAAACGUUGCAUUUCAGUUGUUUGGCUAUUUUUUUUUCUGUUAACAUGUCAUAGGUUUAUAAAUGUUUUAAAAUGUGUUUUUUA